AGCAUCUUUAUUCUCACCUUUCCCCUUUCUUUCCAUUUUUCUGCCUUUUUUCUCCCCUGUUGAUGCAUCAAAGCUCAUGAAAUUAUUUACAUUGCAUUCUUUGGUAAUCACUCUUUUGAAAAUCUAUUUCAGGCACUCAAUAAUUGGGGUCUUGCUCAGCAAGGAACUCAGUGCAAUUGUUCCUGCACGGGAAAAGCAAAGAAUUGUAAGAACUGCAGUUAGUAAGUUUCGCGCAGCCAUUCGGUUGCAGUUUGACUUCCACCGAGCAAUUUACAACCUCGGAACUGUUUUGUAUGGAUUAGCAGAGGACACACUAAGAACUGGGGGAUCAGACAAUGCUAAAGAAGUCUCCCCUAAUGAGUUAUAUAGCCAAUCUGCUAUCUACAUUGCAGCUGCUCAUGCAUUGAAACCAAAUUAUUCAGUUUACAGUAGUGCCUUGCGGCUGGUUCGUUCCAUGCUACCCUUGCCGCAUCUGAAAGUUGGAUACUUGACAGCACGGCCUGUCGGCAAACCAGUGGCACCUCAUAAUGAUUGGAAACGUUUCUAAUUUGUUUUAAACCAUGAAGGGCUUCUGCAGGUAAACAAAGUUGAGCAAAAACAAGUGCCACAAAGCCUCUCUGGAAAUACAGGGGAUGUAGUGAACAAUGACAAAAGGGGCAUCAGAAUUGAUUUUCCAGAUAUAGUUUCUGUAUCAGCAUGUGCUGAUCUGACUUUGCCACCUGGUGCAGGCCUCUGCAUUGAUUCAAUUAAUGGACCAGUUUUCAUGGUUGCUGACUUGUGGGAAUCCUUGGAUGGAUGGCUUGAUGCAAUCCGUCUAGUUUACACAAUAUAUGCACGCAGGAAGAGUGAUGUUCUAGCAGGUACUGAACGUUUGAGACAUUCAAAGAGAAGCCAUCCUUACUAAUUGCAGUGUUCCAUUCCUCCAAAUCCUUUGAAAGCUUUUUCUAGGAAUGCAAAAAUUUCAUGCAGAUCGGAGGUUUUAUUUUGGCCAGAGCUAGAACUGCAGCGGGGAGGGUCCAGAGCCCUUCCCCGCAAAUCAAUCCAGAAGCAAUCGCAGGAACCAUCAACUCGGCCUUCUUAGAAUCAAGCUUGUGCAACACAAAAACAAUCAAACUCCCAAGGCACAUAUCAAUUGCAAAGUAUGCUCCGACCAGAAAAGGCACCGCCAUGACCAUUGGAAGCGGCAUAUAUUUUCCGACCUUCUGUGGGGAAAUGUCGCGCACCACAUUGACUCCAAGCGCAAAGGCAAGAAACCCAUAGCACAUUUGCAAGCAGUGGAGAGGAAGAGCAGAGAAGCCUUGCACGCCUAGAAUUGCCAUGUUUCUAUAGAUCAGGGCAAAAGGAGCUUUGAACUCUCCAUCCGGGUUUCCCAAAUCAAAUGCCUUGUAAAAAAGGAAGAAGCUAAGAGGAGCCGUCACACAGCCUACUGCCGUGCCAAUGGCUUGGUUAAAGAACAUUACUUUGGGGGAAGUGCAAGUCAAGUAGGCAGUCUUGAAAUCUUGCAUCAGAAUGCAAGCCACAGAAACAACAGAUUUGACGAGGCCACACCCAACGAGCGCAGCCACCACGCCAUCUUCUUUUCCACACAACGCUGCUAAGAUGAAGAGUGCCACUUUCCCAUAAUUGUAGGCCAUGUUUAUGUCCGUCAGUCCAGCUCCAUAAGCAUUGCAGAAUGCCAGAGAUGGAGCUAGAAAAUAGGCUACGCCAACAAAGUACCAUUUAAGUUGAGGAAACAUGAAUGGGAUCACAAUUAUGGAAAUGAUGGCAAAGAUGACAUAUCCAACGGCUGCAAACCACAUGGGAAUGUUUUCACUAACGAAAAUUUCGUUCCGUUUCAUUACUUCAAUUGGAUUCUCUUGGCCAUCCACAUCUGCAUGGGAGGAAAAAAAAAAUAGAAGAGAAAUUGUUAGAAGAAGUAACUAAUUAACUAACCAAAUUAGUAUGGUCAAUUAAAAAGAAUUAUACGUGUCAUUAUGCCUA